AGAUGGCUGGUAGAUGCUAAAUGGAAUUUGUAACAGUUUGACAGUGUUUGCGUAUGCCAGUACCGUUGGCCAACUGCAUUUUCAUCUUUUUAUUAUAUUUUAAGUUUGCCUUGUGAAUAUUGACUUAUUUGUUAUUGCGAUACUAUGGCCAUUUCGAAAUAUUCAAAGAAAAUAUUAGUUUGUUAUUACAAUGAAAUGUAGGAUUCAUUCAUAAUUCUAUGGGAAAUUUCUGAAUGUCUUUUUGGAGUGCGAGCAUUGGACGAACUUAAACAAGGGUCUGUCAUGACGACUGAUAAUGUCACAGGUAAUGAGCAAGUGAUUUUUGUCACUGGAGGCUAUGACCAUACUAUUAAGAUAUGGCAAGCUCAUACUGGAGUAUGUCAGCGGACUGCACAACAUACAGAAUCGCAAGUAAAUGCAUUGGAUAUUACACCAGACAAGUCUGUCAUAGCAGCUGCUGGGUAUCAGCAUAUACGAAUGUAUGAUCUUGGAUCGAGCAAUCCAAACCCUGUUAUAAAUUAUGAAGGUGUUUCAAAAAAUGUAACAGGAUUAGGAUUUCAGGAGGAGGGUAAGUGGAUGUAUACCGGAGGUGAAGAUUGUUCUGCUAGAAUUUGGGAUCUGAGGUCUAGUAGUUUUCAAUGUCAAAGAAUAUUUCAAGUUUCUGCACCAGUCAAUUGUGUCUGUUUACAUCCAAAUCAAGCAGAGCUUAUCGUAGGAGACCAAAGUGGUGUAAUACACUUAUGGGAUUUACGUUCAGAUCACAAUGAGCAGCUGAUCCCAGAAGCUGAAGCUUCUAUUCAAGAUAUAGCUAUAGAUGCCGAUGGGACCUACAUGGCAGCAGUGAAUAACAAAGGCCAUUGUUACAUUUGGACGUUAACUGGAGGCGUUGGAGAAGAGCCAACAAGAUUAAAUCCUCGUCACAAACUUUUAGCCCAUAAACGUUAUGCUCUCCGGUGUAAAUUCAGUCCUGACUCGUCUCUUCUGGUUACCACAUCGGCAGAUCAGACAGCCAGAGUCUGGAAAACCGCAGAUUUCUCCGAAGUUCAAGUUCUCCAGCAUGAGGCAAAACGAUGGGUAUGGGAUGCUGCUUUCAGUGCAGAUUCCCAAUAUAUAUUCACAGCUUCCUCGGAUGGUGUGGCGAGAUUAUGGAAUGUCUCUACAGGAGCAGUGGAACGGGAGUAUCAAGGACACCAAAAGGCCAUAACAGCUCUAGCCUUUAGAGAUGAAGUUCUUCCUUCCCGCUAAAAUACGAUAGUUAUAAACAGCAAAAAAUUAAAGUAAUCAUCAUUUUCCGUUCGAAACAAUCUCCUUAGGAAUAUAGGAAAGGCUUAAUUUUCUUUUAAAUACCAUUAGCUUCAUUCUUUUAUAUUCUUUUCUUAUUUUUCGUUUUAAUAAUAAACGAUUUAAACGCCCGUCGCACAGCUGGUCGGGGACAAA